AGAAUUUGAUAAAUAAAAUCCAGAAGCUUCGUCCCCACCACUUGUAGUAGUAAAAUUCUCUUCCUUUAAAAUCCCAUCAUCAUCAUCAUCUCCACUUUCUACUCUCGCCAACUUCUGCAACAAUUAACCAUGGCUUCUUCUUCUUCUUCUGUUCCAACAACAACAACAACAACCUUCUUUGUAGUUGUAAUCCUAUUACUGUUCCAUUUUUGUCUUACCAACUCCGAGUUUAUGUUCUUCCCUCUUUCAAAUUCUAUGUCUACAACCCAAUACAACAGUACCCAUCACCUCCUUAAGUCCACCGCCGUCCGCUCUUCUGCCCGUUUUCAACAACAAAGACAACAACAACAACAAGUCUCUCUCCCUCUAGCCCCGGGCAGCGACUACACCAUUUCUCUCUCGCUCGGCUCAAACCCUGCCCAAACCAUCUCCCUUUACAUGGACACGGGAAGCGACGUCGUAUGGCUACCUUGUCAUCCAUUUGAGUGUAUUCUCUGUGAAGGCAAAUAUAACCCGUCUUCCAUAUCCAACGCCGCCCCUCUCAAUCUCUCGUCAGCUUCCCCUGUUUCCUGUAAAUCCACUGCUUGUUCUGCCGUCCAUUCUUCAAUCACCUCCACAUCUGAUCUCUGUGCCAUGGCCAAAUGCCCACUCGAGUUGAUAGAAACCUCUGACUGCGAUCCGUUUUCUUGCCCACAGUUUUACUAUGCAUACGGCGAUGGAAGCUUAAUCGCGAGGUUGUAUACCGACGGUUUAACUAUUCCGAUGUCGUCUCCGUCGCUUGUUCUUCAGAAUUUCACUUUCGGAUGUGCACAUGAAGCUCUUGGCGAGCCGAUAGGUGUCGCCGGAUUCGGAAACGGCCUGCUUUCCUUGCCUGCUCAACUUGCUAACUUUUCACCUCAAUUGGGUGACCAAUUCUCUUAUUGUUUGGUUUCUCAUUCGUUCGACGCCGAUCAAAUACGCCGGCCAAGUCCACUCAUUCUGGGUCACGACAAGAGAGCGGUGAAAAGCAACAGCAACGGAGACGAAUUUGUUUACACGCCGAUGCUGGACAACCCAAAAUAUGGGCAUUUCUAUUCGGUCGGACUGGAGGCAAUAUCUGUCGGAAAGAGAAGAAUACCGGCGCCGGAGAAUCUGAAGGUGGUGGAUAAACAGGGGAAUGGAGGGAUGGUGGUUGAUUCAGGGACUACUUUUACUAUUCUACCCUCGAAACUGUAUAAUGCUGUUGCCAUUGAAUUUACGCACGCAGUCGGGCGGGUUCAUAAACGGGCGAGUCGGAUCGAAGACAGGACGGGACUCAGUCCGUGUUACUAUUUUGAUAACCCGACUGCUGUUCAAAUACCUGUUUUGACCUUGCAUUUCAUGGGGAGUAAUAAAUCUGGUGUGGUGUUACCCAAGAUAAACUAUUUGUACGUGUUUUUAGACGGUGGGGAUGAUGGGAAACGUAAGAGGAAGGUAGGAUGUCUGAUGUUGAUGAACGGCGGUGAUGGUGACGAUGAAGAUGAAGGAGGGCCAGUGGGGACACUUGGGAAUUAUCAACAGCAGGGAUUUGAGGUUGUUUAUGAUCUCAAAAAACGAAGGGUCGGAUUUGCAAGACGAGAGUGUUCAUCUUUGUGGGACAGUCUGCACCAGAACUGAACCUUGGCGUAAUCUCAGCGGUUCGUCGUCAAGAUGCUGCUAUUGAAUCCAACGGUGACAAAUCUAUUGUAAAUUUCACUUUUUGUAAGGAUGAGUACUGUAAAUAUCUGUCCUGGUAAACUAUAUAUAUAUAUUUGUACAUCCUUGUCAUUUAAUAAAGUUUAUUAUAGAUAAGGGUAAAAAUGGUCAUUCAACCUAAAAAAAACAGAUUAAGAUGAUUUGUAAGGAUACAUUAAACUA